AUGUCUGCGACGCCUCGGGUGAGCCGCACAAUUGGCUUCAUCUGUGCACUUGCGGCCACUUCAGUGGCUGAUGGAGGUGUUUCGACAUGCCAAGAACCGGAUGACCAGUGCUCCCUGCAACUCAGCGCGACGGCACCGCUCCGAGUUGCAAUCUUCAUGACCACGCAUUGGAGUACGAUGCACCAGGAGUUCAUGCCUUGCUGGGAAACUGCACGACAACAGCUCACCCUCGUCCGAAAUGCGGACCUCAUCCUGUAUACGAGCGGGGAUGUCGGCAGCAAGGACCUCGAGCAACUUCACUUCACCAACUUGAUUGUCAAGCACUAUGAGCCAGCAAAUUAUGAAGAGGGCGCCAUUCAAGCCGUGGUUGACGGGUUUGGGUCCAAGGGACAUCAAGAGAAAUGGUUCGAUAGAUAUGACUGGGUUGUCAGGCUCAAUCCGGACGUUUUGAUCAUGGAUGACAACUGGCUGCUGGAGACAAUGGGGAAUUCAUCUGUCGAUGCCAUCUUUGUAGACUGCAACGGCACAAUGAACUCGGACUUUUUCGUUGUCCGCCCACAGGUCAUUGAAACCAAUUUAGCGGAUACGUGCACAGACGGCUCCGGGGACACGAUCGCCGGCAGCGCCGAGAAGCAUCUCACUUGCGUAGUGUCAACCAUCAUCUCAUCGGGUCGCUAUGUUUGGGUCAAAGGUGGACAGAACAUUGGUGGAUGUCGCGUGGCGGGAGCCGAAUCGCCAGUUGUACAUGAGCAUGGCUUUCGGAAGUGCUGCCCAAACUAUCUCUCGGCGCAGGCCAAUUGCUCGAGAGUUCCGGUCAAGCACCGCCACAAGCACCGCCACAAGGCAUAG